AUCCAACGGUGCAGAUCAGCUUCAACCAACACAACAACGCCUCGUCCUGCUACUGUGACAGAGAGAAGCCAACAUGCUCUCGUUCCUCUUCUUGUUUGGGCUGGCUCUGAGUGCUGUGUCUCCUUCAGACGACCAUCAAGUGAAGCUACAGCGUGGCAACUGUCCCAUGUUCUGGUACAGUUUCAACGACCGCUGCUACAAGUAUGUGGCUACACAUGUGACCUGGGCUGAUGCAGAACUCCACUGUGUGUCACAAGGAGCCAACCUGGUGUCUAUCCACAGUCUGCAUGAACAGAAUUUUGUCAAAUCCCUGAUUAGGAACUUUGAUCCUGCUGAGGGACAUACCUGGUUCGGACUCAGCGACAUUCACAAAGAAGGAAACUGGAUGUGGUCUGACGGUUGCGCAGUCAAAUUUGUCCUUUGGAGCUCAGGACAACCAAACGGUGCUGGAAGUCAAAACUGUGGUCAGAACAACUAUUUUCCAGAAUGGAAUGACUAUGAAUGUUCCUACUUGUCUCCCUUUGUCUGUGCAUCUCGUAUAAUCUGUCCUUAG